AUGGCCAAGAAAUCUCAACAGCGAUCGUUGUUCCCCACAGAGGAAGACCCGGCCGAGGCCGCCCCGCCCGAGCAAGAAGAAUCAGCCCCAAAGCAGGCCGCGAAAGCCGCCCCUCCGGUUCCCAGCUCGACGGACACGACAGAACCGGUCGACCUGAAGGACAAGACGGUUUAUGUGAUCGACUCGAACUCGCUCAUCUUUCAGGUCUUUCAUGCCAUCCCCGAGAUGACCAGCCCCGGGGGCGGCCCCGUGAAUGCGGUGUACGGCUUCAGCCGCGAUCUGCUGUACAUGCUCGAGCAGAAGCGUCCGGACUACAUCUUCGCCGCCUUCGACUUGAAGGGCCCCACGUUUCGCAGUGAGCUGUUCGAAGACUACAAGAAAGAUCGCGCGGAGAUGCCCAACGAUCUCAUUCCUCAGUUCCCGAUCAUCCAUCGGGUGCUGGAGGCCCUGGGCAUCCCGAUAUUGGGUGUAGAGACUUUUGAAGCCGAUGACAUCUUGGCCACUGUCGCGCGACUUGCCGAAGAGGACGGCGGUUCGUGCGUGUUGGUGACCGGCGACAAAGACUGCCGACAGCUCAUCACGAAAAAGGUCUCCGUCUACAACAUCCGCAAAGACCUGAUGUACGGCGCCGAAGAGUUGAAACAGGACUGGGGAAUCCGCCCCGAUCAGGUUGUCGACUUUCAGGCCCUGGUCGGCGACAAGAUCGACAACGUGCCCGGGGUUCCGCUAAUUGGGCCAAAGAUCGCCGCCGAGUUGCUCAACCAGUUCGGCACGCUGGACGAGGUUCUGGAGAACACCGACAAGGUGAAAGGUGCCAAGCGCAGUCAGAACCUGCGCGAGGGUCGUGAUGUGGCCUUACUGAGUCGUCAAUUGGUGAAGUUGGACGACAACGUACCGCUCGAAAUCAAUUGGUCAAAGGCGAAAGCCGGGCAGAUUGACCGCGUGGCCGCCGGUGAUCUUUUCAACGAGUUGGGGUUCCGCACGUUCACAGCUCAAAUGCGCGACGGUGACGACACUGCGGAGAGCGCGACCUGGGAAACGGACUAUCGCUUGGUGGCAACUCCGGCUGAACUGGCCGAGCUAGUGGAAAAGCUCGAACAGCAAGAGCUGAUCUCGAUCGACACCGAGACCACGAAUGUGUGGCCCACCUGGGCCGAGUUGGUCGGCAUCUCCUGUGCGUUUCGACCGGGCGAGGCCUACUAUCUGCCGCUACGCUGCCCGCCCGGCGAUCCUUGCCUUGACCAGGAAGCCACGCUUGAUGCCUUACGUGAUGUGCUCGAGGACCCUCGGAUAAGAAAGCUUGGCCAAAACCUCAAGUACGACAUGAUCGUGCUCAGGCGGGCCGGGGUUCGGUUGGCGGGGGUUGACUUCGACACGAUGAUCGCCAGCUAUCUGCUCGAAGCAGGCCAACGCAACCACAACCUCGACGACAUGGCGUUGCGGUACCUGAACCACACCAACACCAAGAUCUCUGCGCUGAUCGGCACCGGAAAAAACCAGAAGCGGAUGGAUGAAGUGCCGGUGGCCGACGUAACGCCCUACGCCUGCGAAGACGUCGAUGUGCCGAUGCGGUUGCUUCCGAUCUUGGAAAAGGAACUCGAAUCACAGAACCUCGACACACUGUUCCGAGAGACCGAGUUACCGCUGCUCGAUGUCCUGGUGGAGAUGGAAUCCAACGGGAUACUCGUCGACACCAAGCGGCUGGCCGAACUGAGUGAAGAAUACGGCCGACGGCUCGACAGCUUGGAACAAGAAAUCUACUCCCUGGCUGGCCGCGAAUUGAACAUCGCUUCGCCCAAACAACUCCAGCAGGUGCUGUUUGAAGAGUUGAACCUGCCGGUGGUGAAGCGAACCAAGACCGGACCGAGUACCGAUAGUAGCGUGUUGGAAGAACUGGCCCAGCAUCACCCCCUGCCGGCCAAGAUCAUCGAAUUCCGCCAGUUCGCCAAACUGAAGAACACCUACGUCGACGCGCUCCCCAACAUGGUCAACGCACAGACGGGUCGCGUGCACGCCUCAUUUAACCAGGUUGUGGCCGCCACCGGCCGGCUGAGUUGCGUGGACCCUAAUCUGCAAAACAUCCCAGUCCGCAACGACCGGGGGCGCGAGAUUCGCUCGGCGUUUCGCCCCCGCGACGAUUGGCAGCUUUUAGCUGCAGAUUAUUCCCAGAUCGAACUAAGAGUGCUGGCACAUUUCUCGGGUGACGAGACGCUACUGGAAGCCUUCGCCAACGAGGAAGACAUCCACACCCGAGUAGCCAGCGAGGUUUACGGUGUCUCGCUCGACGAAGUGACCCCCGAGAUGCGGCGCGGGGCCAAGGCGGUGAACUUCGGAGUGAUCUACGGCCAAAGCCCCUUCGGCCUGGCCAAGCAACUGGGAAUCAGUCAGGACGAGGCGGCCGAAUUCAUCGAUGCAUAUUUCGAGGGAUAUCCCGGGGUAGAGGAAUUUCUAUCGAAUCUACUGGCAGAAUGUAGGGCCACAGGUUAUGUUAAAACCAUCCUAGGGCGGCGGCGUUCCAUCCAAGGAGUUCGUGCCGAUGCGGGUCGUUCGCGUAAUCUAGCUGAGCGAACCGCCAUCAAUACCGUGAUUCAGGGCUCGGCAGCCGAUCUUAUCAAACGGGCCAUGAUCGCAGUGUUUGACCGUCUCCAGGCGGAACGGAUGUCCGCAAAAAUGCUUUUACAAAUCCACGACGAGCUGGUCUUCGAGAUUCCCACCGAGCAGUUGCAGGCAACUUCGCAGUUAGUCACCGAUGAGAUGGUCGGUGUCAUGAGUCUCGAUGCGGGCGGCUGCGGAAAAGUAGUCACACAAGGGCUCGUUCGAUCCACUUGCUCGCCUAAAGGUCGCCGGCGCGCUUCCAAGCGUCCCACCCGCGGAUGGUCUCGCAUGAAGGUCAUCGGAAUCCUCGGCGGAAUUGCCAGCGGCAAGAGCGCAGUGGCCGAAUGCUUCCAAGAACUUGGCGCUGGAGUGCUCGAUGCCGAUCGGGCGGGGCACGAAGUGCUCAAGCUCGGCGAAGUGCAGGAAGCCAUCGGCCAACGCUGGGGCGAGGAAGUGUUCGCGCCCGAUGGCUCGGUCGAUCGUACGAAGCUAGCACAAAUCGUAUUCCAAUCUUCCCCACAGGGCGCGGAAGACCUGGCAUUCCUCGAACAACUAACCCAUCCUCGCAUUGGCGAAUUGCUAGGGCAGCAAUCGGCCGAAUUCGCUCAACAGGGCGUGCCGGCCAUCGUGCUCGAUGCCCCAGUCAUGCUGAAGGCGGGCAUGGAAAAAAUGUGUGAUGCCAUCGUCUUCGUCGACGCCACCCGCGAGGUGCGAGCCCAACGGGCUAUGCAGCGAGGCUGGACGAUGGAGGAGUUCGCCGCACGAGAACAAGCACAAGAAUCGUUGGAUACAAAACGCCAGCAAGCAGACUGCGUGAUCGAAAACUCCGGGUCACUGGAAUCGACGAAAGAACAGGUAAGACAGUUUUGGAGGGAAUUGUUUCCAGCGUGA